CUACAUCUGUUUGCUCAGACACACACACACACACACACACACACACACACACACACACACACACACACACACACACACACACACACACACACACACACACACACACAGACGUAUGGGCUCAUCACCAGCAAGGCCACCUCGAACAUUGCCUCAAAGCUCAACCAAAAAGUGCUUCUCAGACACAUGCCUGACCUCUUCUCAGCCGGAUCUUGUUUGCAUAGUUUGGAAUGUCUCCAUAUGUUCUUUUAUUUAUACCAGUCUUCCUUUUUUGAAACCCAAAUGUUUGCUCUGAUCUCAUCCCACGAUUUCUUGCAGGCAUAUGUGCAUUUGUUGAGUCCCGUCAUGUGUCUCCUGGGUUAUGGAAGCAUUCGACAUGUUCAAUCAAGAUCCUCGUCAGAACAGACACACACGUCUCACCAUACCAAAAUUAAGCUUCUCUCAAUGCAAAAAUGUAUAAUAAUUUUAAUGAACAAAUUGAAUAAAAUAUUUUGUUUUUCACUGUUUUGUUUUGUUUUGUUUUGUUCCAGGUCUCUGCUCUCACGAGCAGAGACCUGGAACAAACUAAAGAGAAGCUAAGCCAGGAGGAGUUUGUCUGCUCGGAGCUGGCGUCGGUGCAGGAGACGCUGUACAACACGGCUGGACAGCUGCUGAGUACAGUCGACGCCAGCACCAGUGAUGUCUCUGGUCUCCAUGAGAAGCUGGACAGAAAGAACAAGGUGGAGCAGCACAACAAUCAGAUCCAGCAGAGUUUUGCAGAGAGGAUGGAUGCAGCGUUCAGCAACAUGCAGCGCUGCAUUCAGCAGCAAGGAAUUAAACACCAUGAAAUGCUGAGCAGCUGCUCGCAGGCCGUUGACCGUUUGCUCCUGACUAACGAGUCCUCCCUGAAAGAAGCCGUGGCCACCGUGGAUCGGUCCUCGAACGAGUCGGGCAGCUGGUGGCUGUGUCUGUGUCUGGCUUUCAGGUGAAGGUGCAGGAGCAGCGCAUGGUGUUUCAGCAGGACAAGCACACUCUGCUGGAGCUGCUGGAAGAGCAUCGACAGGAUAUGGAGGAGCUCCUGGUGGAUCAGAGUUUGAUGAGUUUAUCAGCUGUUAAGGAACUGAACCAGACUCUGAGGGCCUCAGUGGAGACGCAGCGAGCUCUGGCUGAUCAGGUGGAGGGGAUGAAGGAGUCUGGCGUGUUCCUCAGCGGCUUGGUGCAGGACCUGGCAGGGCUGCAUGACGUCGCUGUGCAGGGUCUGACAGCUCUGCAGAGUGAACACGACCAGCUGGCCGAGCAGAUCAGACGAGCUCAGGAGAGACAUGAGACGGGUAUGAAGCGAACCAUGGACCAAAUCAACCUGCUGCUCCUGGAGGCUCAGAAGAACUACGCUGAUCUGCACACGAGCGCUACAGCUCUACAGAAACCUGUGCAGAGCACCCAGCACCACCUCAGCAGCGGCCUCAGCACAGCCAAGCAUCAGGCCUCGACGCAGGCGGACCUCCUCUCCUCCACCUUCUCCUACCUCUCUUCCUCACUGCGUCUGAACGCUGACGAGAGCCGCCAGACGCUGGAGGAGAUGGCCGGCAGCACCUCCUACCUCCACAGCACCGUGUCCGUUCUGGUGGAGCGUGAGAGCGUCAGCUCUGCUGAGAAGGACGGCGGUAGAGAACCUGAUGUAGAGAACGUCAUAUCCCCCCCUUCUACAUAUUCACCACCCGCUCAGAAGAACAAAACCACAAGACGGAAAAAGACCAGCGUCAAGGAUCGAGCUGUUCGUCCUGCCCGGACAAAAAGGAGCAGUGAUUAGGAAAACGCGUGCAAGGCUUCUCCUACUCAUCAUCAGCACAUCAGCAGUGUUCCUUCUGUGUGCCGUUUUGUAACCGUCCGCAGACGUGGCGCUGCCACCAAACACCAGCUCCCUAAGAAAAGAAUCAGUGUGCUCAACUCUUCAAAUGACUUUUCCUCUGGAUAUUUUUCUGCCAAAAGGAUUCUUCGACCUAUCAGGAGAAGCAAGGCACCUUCAACAUUUAUUUUGUCCAGUGCAGAGAACUCAGUGAAUGUUGCAGGACCUUCCAGUGUACCCACCAAUCCCCUUCAAGAGAUAUCCCUUAAUGAGUCAUCAGACCCCAGCAAUAGACCCUGCUCCAGGAAACCCAUUUUUUGCUCCACACCCCAGCAGGCUCCCUCAGAAAACAUCCACGCCUUAAACCCUUUCCCAUCAAUGAUAUGUCCUCUAUGCCCCUUUCUAUGUCUGUAAGCUGCAUUGACAGCUUGAGCACAUUUCAAAACGAUGUGGAUUCUCCAGGUCCCGUGGCCUCACAACGUUCUGUUCCAGCCACUGUGGUCUUCUCUCAUGAGAAGCAGCAUUUGGACCUUAGUAAGAAAGAAAGGGCCCUCUAUCAGCAUAAUGAGCCCUCUGGUGAUUUUUUCAUGGAGUCUAAGACCUCUAACACAAGUGAGGACAACAGAAACCACAGCAAAGAUUCACAGACCAAGAGUGGUGAAGAAUUAUGCCUAAAUCGUCUUUCUUCUAACAAGGAAAGCAGCAGCAGCAAUUUUGUGAACACGACAGGUGCGUUAGAGUGGCUGAUCGAGACUCUGAAGGAGAAGUGUUUGACUGAGCAAUGCAAAGUGGUGCUGGAGAGAUU